AGGCGGGGCCGAGGCUUUCAGGCCUUGCUGGGGCCCCGAGAAGGAGGGGCGAUCGAGGGCGGGAGGAGGCGUAGCCCCAGCGGGCGCCCUUUAAGCCAGCCCCUCUCCCCCAGUUCGCAACGUAACUGGGAGUGACAGGAGCCGGAGCGGCCGUUGUCGCCAAGGAGCCAGCCGUGCAACCUGCAGGGCGAUCGUCGAGAUCUACCUCGUCUGUCAGUUGGAGAGAAGCCACCCAAGCCGUCCAGCGAUUCGUGCCCGGGCAAGAGAGGACAAAAUGAGUAAAAAAAUUCAAGGAGGAUCUGUUGUUGAGAUGCAAGGAGAUGAGAUGACUCGUGUGAUAUGGGACCUGAUUAAAGAAAAGCUGAUCUUUCCAUAUGUGGCUCUGGAUCUCCACAGUUAUGAUUUGGGUAUAGAAAAUCGUGAUGCGACAGAUGACAAAGUCACUGUGGAGGCUGCUGAAGCGAUAAAGAGAUAUAACGUAGGAAUCAAAUGUGCCACAAUUACCCCUGAUGAGAAGAGGGUGGAAGAAUUCAAGCUGAAGCAGAUGUGGAAAUCUCCAAAUGGAACAAUAAGGAACAUUUUGGGUGGCACUGUCUUCAGGGAAGCCAUUAUCUGCAAAAACAUCCCCCGUCUGGUAUCUGGGUGGGUAAAGCCCAUCAUCAUUGGCCGUCAUGCUUAUGGAGACCAAUACAGAGCCACAGACUUUGUUGUUCCUGGACCUGGAAAAGUAGAGAUGACGUAUACACCCAAAAAUGGAGGCAAACCGGUCACUUAUUUGGUUCACAAUUUUGAAAACUGCGGUGGUGUGGCUCUAGGAAUGUACAACCUGGACCAGUCCAUCAGGGAUUUUGCACACAGUUCUUUCCAGAUGGCCUUGUCUAAAGCCUGGCCCCUUUACAUGAGCACCAAGAACACCAUUUUGAAGCGAUACGAUGGACGCUUUAAGGACAUCUUUCAGGAGAUCUAUGAGAACCACAAUAGACUUGGUUCUAAAGGGUCUUCCUCAGAAUCCAAUCAGGUACUGGGGAAGAGUAAACGACAAGUACGAAUAGCACUGUUGCUAAUGACACGAGGCUGUCAGAGGCAGGUGUUGAUCAAUUUAUUCUCAUUCCCAGGUUAUGGCUCCUUGGGAAUGAUGACUAGUGUCCUGAUAUGUCCAGACGGAAAAACAGUAGAAGCUGAAGCUGCUCAUGGCACUGUGACUCGCCAUUAUCGUAUGCACCAGAAAGGUCAAGAAACCUCCACCAACCCCAUUGCAUCCAUCUUUGCAUGGACUAGAGGUCUAGCUCAUAGAGCAAAGUUAGAUAACAACACUGAGCUCAAGAAUUUUGCCUCUGCCUUGGAGGAGGUCUGUGUAGAGACCAUUGAAGCUGGCUUUAUGACGAAAGAUCUGUCUGCGUGCAUCAAAGGGCUGCCAAACGUGAAACGCUCCGAUUACUUGAACACGUUUGAGUUCAUGGAUAAACUUGCUGAAAACCUGAAGGCAAAGCUCUCUUCUCAGCCAAAACUUUAAGAGCAGGCCUCAAUCUUGCUCCAGAAGGGAGGCUGCUGGCCUGCUGGAAGAUUGCACUGCAGUGUGGAGCAGCACUUCAGAAUAUGAGAAACCAACCCCAAAUUAGAAAAAAGUUUGGACUGUCACAUCCAAUAGUUUUUUUAAAAACUGGUUUCCUAAAUUGUCAGAGGAGUGGGAGCAGGCAUGCAGCACAGUCUUGGUGGCUGAUUCUCCAAAAGGCAUUGUUAGGUUCUUACCAUCCAAGCUGUUCUCCCCUGUCAAGUGCUGAACGCUUCCUGGGGGCAAGAAUAAGUUCUGCAACAUUAUUUUAUGAAUCAGGGUUUCCUUUCUUGCCAACCAUAGGCUCUUACCAAACACUGCAGAAGAUUCUUCUAACAACUGCCUCUAUGCAUUAAGUCAGAAACUGAAUUUAGCCUGUUAUAGGCAAGUUUAGUCUUACUGGGGGUCGGGGGAGUUUUUACUUGUUAAUUGAAGUCUUGUCCUUUAUGUAGCCAACCUGAAGUGCACUAAUGACUGUCACCGGAUUUCAGGUGUAUGUUGUAAAGGCACAGCUCCUCAACGUAUCUUUCAGCAGCCAUUUGAACUUUCUUUUAUUCCAUAACUUGAAUUAAACACUAUUCCGUCCAUGA